AUGUAUUACGAAGAUCUUUAUAAUUAUAAAAUUCGUAUAGCCAUUCGCGAAGCAUUGUCAUGCUUUAAAACUGCUAUUGAUGGAUGUGAUGAUUACAAAGACCCCUUUGCUGGCAAAACGGAGUCUUUUCUUACUUUGAGAGAUCAUUUACAGAACUACUGUUCCGAUGCCGGUGCUGCUGCCAGCUCAUGCGCAGAUUUUACAACAUGUUUUACAGAAGUUAAUCUACCCCAAGCUGCUAACGAUCUAGUAGAUCCGAUGUAUUGGUGUGCAGUUGGACAAGCUGCCGCCUCAUGUAGCGCAAAGCUAACCUCUGAAUCAGACGAAUGUAAAACAGUUAAAAAAUACGGAGAAAUCAAAACAGAAUUAGAUAAAACUUGUCCAUCACCUGUUGACGUUUUGAACGGAGUAUUCGGAGCAAAAGACAGUGGAGUAGAUGCAGGGAGAUAUAACAUCAUGGUAAUUAUGGUAGCCAGUUUGGUGACUAUCAAGAUGGUAUAUUAGAAACACCUUUCGUUAUUUCUUAUGUAAUUUUCAACAGAUUUAAUUUAGAGUAAAAUAAAUUAGAUAGACCUUCUAGAAAGAGUUACUUAACUCAAUAUAAAACUGUUGCUUAUGUAAAAAAAAAUCUUGACAUUUUAACCAGCAAAUUUCAAAAGUUUACACCAAUCUGGAUUAAUUUUUUCGUAAUAUUAUCGCUGUAACAUUAAGCAUAGAUGACGUAACAUCAUUCUUUAAAUCGCAUGUGUUUAAUACAUGUAUUUCUAACAGAGACCAAUGUAUGAUAUUGUCUAGAACAUUUGAAAUCUUUCAAAAUUUUCUGGGCAAUUGAUGAAUUCUUGGAUUCUGUUCAGGUUUUUAAAAGCUAUAGAAAUUGAAAUAUGAUUAGUUUUAUUUAUUGUUUUUCAUUAUUGUUUGUAUAAUGCACAGUGUUUUGGGGUAAAGCUUUACUGAUCGAUUUAAAAUAUAGGCCCAUAACUUGAAGUUAGGUUACUUCUAAGUAAAUUCACCAUUAAAAUGUAGACGAAGCAAAUAUUAAGACAACUCCUAAAAUUUAUUAAUUUAUGUUGGUUUUACUCCUGAUAAUUAAUAUGCAUAUUUACAGAUGACAUAAUAAUAUUUCCUAAAACAAUAUUAUUGACAAUUAAGAAUGCGAGGCAAUCGUUAGUGGUAACAUUGGGAUUUCAACCAUAUCAACCACUUAACUUAUCCGUCCAAGAACUUUCAUAGUUUGCUUAUCAUUGAAACAAACCGUUAAAGGAACAAAAUUCAAUGAUAUUGCCUAAUUUUGAGCAUAUGUUAGUUAAAACCCAACGACUUUAUGCAUGAGGUACAAAGCUAAGUCCUGUUGAAAUUCAGUAACCAGUUACGUUUUUAGCUGUUCCUCAAAUUAAUACUGUUCGUUCUUUAUUGUGAUAUGUUAAAGGUUAAGAGCUUGAAGUUUGACGGAUGUGAAUAAAUUAAGACUAUGUAUGACCCCAUUAUUCGUAAAUUUAUGAUAAUGGGUGAAAAUCUAAUUAUUUUCCACAGAAUCAUACAAUAAAAGUAUGCGAAUGCAAUGUUUCAGUUAUGAUUUUUUGGAAGAUAUUAUUUACGGUCAAAUUUAUUCCUACAUCGCGUAAUGACUGGAGUUUAGAAGUUGUCAAUUUUUUAAUCAUCAUGUUUUUUGUACACCAUUUCUCGUUAUUAAAAAUGCAUAA